AUUGAGAAUUCAAGACACGGAUUUGCGAGUCUUAUAGUACAAGUGCCUGCGGUAAUACUUCUUAAAGCAACUUUAGAGUAAUUUUUGAAGAUGUCCGGAAGAAGAAGAGUCCGACUUCCUGGAAGAUUUCAAGAAGGUGAAAGACUAUGGUAUGUAGUCCAAUUUACUAUGGAUAGCCAAUUAAGUGACCCCAUAUCUGCAGACGAUAUAGAGGAUGAGGAUGGGAACACAGGCGAAGACCGUACAUUCAAGGUCGGCGACCUCUGUUCUGCAGUAUGGCGUGAUGGGGUCAAUUACGAAGGAAAAAUUGUGUUUGCCUCUGAGGACAAAGAAAAGUGCUUAAAAUAUAAAGCAUCAGAGAAAAAAAAGAAUCCAGGAAAAAGGAAGGUCGAAGACGAACUUUCUAAAAAGAAAAAAGAGAUGGCAGAAAAGAAGAAAAAAGAGAAUCAAAAGAAGGCAGAAACAGCAGUAAAAAAUGCGGAAGAAAUCUUCAAAACAUGCAUGAGGAAUGAUUCAGAAGUAGGUUCUAACACAACUAAUACUAGUACAUCCCUGUCUACUGCCCCAGCCACAUCUCCCCCUUGCUUGACCUCCCUGUCUACCCUUCCAUCCACAUUUCCUCCUAAUACAAUCCCUCUGUCUACCUAUCCAUCCACAAUUCCCCUUAACACAACACCUUUGUCUACUUACCAAUCCACACUCGCAUGUUCCCCCAGCAUGGCUCCUCUUUCAACUCACCCAACACCAUCUGCAUUUCCCCCCAACAUGACACCACUGCCUAUUUAUCCAUCCACGCUGCCACUUACUACAACACCCUUUACUUAUCAACCACCAUCUGCUCAUCCCUUCAGCAUGGCAUGCAUGCCUGUAUACCCAACCCCACCUUCGAUUCCUUCUGACAAACCACCUGUAUCUACUGCUCCUCUGACUCCUCCAUUGCCCAGCUCCAACUCUGGCACUAAUUUGGCAACAUCAUCUUCUUUUCAACACCAAUCCUCAUUUCCAUCUAAUUCUGACAACAUAGCAAUGUCUAACUACCAAAACCUCCCCUCAUUCCCUCCUAGCACAGUUUCUUCUUUUCCAUCUCAGCUUACUCCUCCUUCUUCUGACUCAAGUAGUGCUUCAAACCCAUUACUAAACUUUUCUUCAUUAUCUUCUCCCCACCCAUUAGAUACAGUACAAUGUGGGAAUUGCGAAUUGAAGGAACAAAGCUUCAAAAACCUACAGUCCUUUGCAGACCAACUCGAAAGAGAUUUGGAUUUCUGGAGGACUGAGGCCAGCAAAUUAAAAGCUGAACUAGACUUGCUGAGACAGGAAGAGGAGAAGGGAAAAGUUUCAAUUUAUUCGAGCUCAGAGCACUAUAUGCCGAAAAGAGGAACAAAAAUUAAUAAGUGCCACUAUAAAUUUCUUGACAACAAUGAAACAGUCCCUGCUGGGUACACACAGCUGGUGGAGGGACACCGACUAUUCGUCCCAGUUACGUGGUUAAGCGAUUUACAAGGCGCUUUCAAAGGAAAGACGAAAACGUGUGCCUUCAAACUCAUGAUAAACGGCUUCUUUGAACCUCAUGAGAUGGUUGGCACAACAGGAUGUAAGGUCGCAGAUUCCGAAUUAGGAAGAGCCCUGAAAGCAUAUGCCCUAAAAACCUUCACCAUGGAUGGGAAAACUGCCAUCUCAACAUUUAAUGCAAAAAUUGGGACUAUGGUCCGGGCCCAUAAGAAAAUUCAAAAGGACAAAACCAGUGCUGUUAUCAUGGCAGCUUGGCAUAAACUUGGCACAGCAUCAUGUCCCAAUGUGAUACAGAAGCCGACAGUUAUAUCAAUGGUGGGAUUACCAGCCCGUGGCAAGACGUACAUGUCAAAGAAAUUGACGAGAUAUCUCAACUGGAUCGGAAUUAAAACGAAAGCUUUUAACGUCGGGGAAUAUCGACGGGCCGCCACUGACAAGUAUCGGAAUCAUGACUUUUUCCGACAAGAUAAUACGGAGGCCCAGGCAAUUAGACAGAAGUGUGCUUUGAUGGCAAUUGAUGAUGCCUGUAAGUUUCUUCAAAAUGGAGGUGAGGUUGCUGUACUGGAUGCCACCAACACAACUGGAGAGAGAAGAAAACUCCUUUUUGACAUCAUUCAGGUCAAGAACAAGUUCAAGCUGUUCUUUGUGGAGUCCAUCUGUGACGAUCCUUCUAUCAUUGAAGCCAAUAUUCUGGAAGUAAAGGUGUGUAGUCCAGACUAUAUAGGGAUGAAUAAGGACGAUGCAGUGGAGGAUUUUAUGCAGAGAAUAGAACACUACAACAACAUGUACGAAUCGCUGGACCACAACAAGGAUAAAGACCUCUCCUAUAUACAGAUAUUUAACCAAGGGGAGAGGUUCCUAGUUCAUAAGCUAGCAGGUCAUCUACAAAGUCGUGUUGUAUAUUACCUCAUGAAUAUUCAUGUGUUGCCAAGAACUAUAUACUUAACAAGGCAUGGAGAAUCUCAGAUGAAUCUAGAGGGGAGGAUUGGGGGAGACAGUGAAUUGUCACCAAGGGGGGACGAGUAUGCCUCUGCCUUAGCCCGUUAUGUGGAAAAUGAAAAAAUUGCUAAUCUAAAAGUGUGGACUAGUGAACUCAAGCGAACGAAAGCAACGGCCAGACAUGUAGAUGCCCCAGUGGAGCACUGGAAAGCUCUGAAUGAAAUUGAUGCUGGUAUAUGUGAGGGGAUGACCUAUGAGGAAAUUCAGGCCCAGCACCCCAUGGAAUUCGCAAUGAGGGAUCAGGAUAAAUUUCACUACAGAUACCCAGGAGGGGAGUCCUACCAGGACCUAGUGGCUAGACUAGAACCAGUCAUUAUGGAACUGGAGAGACAGGAGAAUGUGUUGGUGGUAUGUCAUCAAGCCGUGGCCCGCUGUCUGCUGGCAUACUUCCAGGACAAAUCCUCAGAGGACCUAGCGUAUCUGAAAGUUCCACUUCACACAGUAAUCAAACUCACACCAGUAGCAUAUGGCUGUAGGGUUGAAUUUGUUAGCCUGAACAUCGAGGCUGUGAACACUCAUCGAGAAAAACCAAAGAAUGUUGAACCCCACAGAAGUAACACAGAGGCCCUGGAGACUGUGCCAGACCAUAUAUGAUGUUGUCAUGGAAAUACUAGGGAAUCGUCAUAGCAACAACUUCAAGCUGCUGUUACCUUAGACACAAGGAAUACAUCAAUACCAACACACAGGAUGAUGUUCUCAUCCUACUCAAUUGCUGAUAGCUUGUCUUUCUAUGGAAUGUUAAAAAAUG